AUGGAAUCAAACGGUACACAUUCUCAUAAACGAAAAUUAGCCGCUGAAAUCAGUUCAUCUAUCGAUCACGAUCAAAUGUUGAGAUAUCAAGAACUUGAAACGCAUGUCAAAAAUAUUCUUGAAGAACUUCAAAUAAUCAAAAACGAAAAUCGAACUCUGAAAUCACAGAUUGAUAAACUUCAACAACAAUAUGAUCAACUAGCAUCACAAAAUCAGAAAGAGAAUUCCGAAUGGAAUCAAUAUUCUCAUAAAAUACAUUCUGAGAAUUCUGAAUACGACACAUUGGUCAAACAAUUUGAAGAACGUUGUGAUUUAGUUGAAUCAAGCAACCAAACUCUCACGGAAAGACUCGAUAGUUGUCAGCAAACAUUUGAAAAUCAACUCACCAAUCUUCAACAACAAUUGAAUAACUUUGGAAUUCAAGAUACAAAGUCUAUUCAACAACAAUCCGUAGACAAGGAAAUGUCUUCAUUUGAUGAAAACAAUGAUGGUGGUGCGAUUAUUGAAGAAGCUCUGUGCACACCUUGUGAAUCACAAAUUUCAUUAUCCACUGAUGAAAUUCAAUAUGGAUUAUUCGAUAUUUGUGAGAAGUAUAAGGUUAUUGUCUUGAAAGAGAAAGAUAAAUUAAAAUUAUUUGACUAUUAUGAACAAACAGAUGAACGUUCAUGGGGAGAAGUUGGAAAUAAAAAUUUUGCCACGUGCAUUCAUUGGUGUUCGUUUCUUGAUAAAUUCUUAAUUCUAUACAGAUUUGGUUUAUAUAGCUNAAUGAUGAGAAAAUAUGAAUACUGUAUUUUUCUGUAA